UGCGGGAAAGCCUGCGAGCAAAGGAGUGGAGGCCUGAAGAGAGGUUUUACGGUGGGUUUGAGAAAGCGAGGCGCAGGGAGCACGAUCACCGGCGACCAGACGAUCUGAUCUCACCGACGAAGCUUUUCCGGAGGAGGCUUCCAGGAACAUGAAUUUCAACAAUGUCAAAGUUCCCAAGGUGCCAGGCGGUGGUGCAGCUUCUGCUUUGAUUAAGCUGGGAGUUGUUGGUGGGCUUGGAUUGUAUGGAGCUAUUAACAGUCUGUACAAUGUUGAGGGAGGCCAUCGGGCCAUUGUGUUUAAUCGCAUAAUUGGUGUCAAAGAUAAGGUUUAUCCUGAGGGGACUCACCUGAUGAUCCCAUGGUUUGAAAGGCCAGUUAUCUAUGAUGUCCGUGCACGCCCUCAUCUGGUGGAGAGUACUUCAGGGAGCCGUGACCUCCAGAUGGUAAAGAUUGGUCUUCGAGUUCUUACCCGUCCUGUGCCAGACCAGUUACCUGCAAUUUAUCGAACCCUUGGUGAGAACUACAAUGAAAGAGUCCUGCCCUCAAUAAUUCAUGAAACUCUGAAAGCUGUGGUUGCACAGUAUAAUGCUAGCCAGCUUAUUACUCAGAGGGAGGCUGUUAGCAGGGAAAUACGUAAGAUAUUGACAGAAAGGGCAGCCAAUUUCAACAUCGCUCUGGAUGAUGUGUCCAUCACAAGCCUUACUUUUGGGAAGGAGUUCACUGCUGCUAUUGAGGCUAAACAAGUGGCUGCACAAGAAGCUGAAAGGGCCAAAUUUGUUGUGGAAAAAGCUGAGCAAGACAAGAAGAGUGCUAUUAUCAGAGCACAGGGUGAGGCUAAGAGUGCCCAGCUGAUAGGUCAAGCUAUUGCCAACAAUCCAGCAUUCAUCACGCUCAGAAAAAUUGAAGCUUCCCGAGAAAUUGCACAUACAAUUUCAAACUCUGCCAACAGGGUUUUCUUGAAUUCCAAUGAUCUGUUGCUGAACCUUCAGGAAAUGAAUUUGGAGAGUGCCAGUGGGAGGAAAUGAGCCAACAGGUUAUCAUUUUGAUUUGCCCCCCCCAGGUUUUGUUUCUCACAUUGUUCUGUUCUAUUGCGGGAAUAUUUCAUCAAGAUUUGAGUAGUAGACAAAAUAAUGCUUUUCUUUGUUUCUUUGGACCAUAUGAAAGCAGUGAAUUUAUUUAUCCCGUCCCAACAGUCAUUGGGGAGAGGCAGACCCCCCACCGGACCCUAUGGAAAUUUUUUAGUUGAGAUGGACAAAUCCGUUGGAUAUAAUUUUCGAAACAAGUUUUGAAAGUUACAUCACUUGAAUAACUUCCAGUUUAUCCAAAGCAGUUUAUUUA